ACACACCAUCGUUUCUCACUACAAUUUCAAGAUCCAUUGCCUUCCCAACAAUAGAUAACAGGAUGAACAUAUUCAGAAAUAAUCAUCAGUCUACUAAUGAGGGAAAUGGCAAAAUAUCAGCAGUUCAUGUUUCUUUAUUCUUACAUAUUUCAGGAUGGGUAAUGAUAGUCUUUAUGUUCUGGACUGACUUGGUUCCCUCAAUUGGCAAAGAAUCAACUUUUAUAGGCUUGUUUAAUUCAACUAAGCAAGGUAUCAUUUGUCAUUUCACACCUCAAUUGUUCCAAAGCCAAGAAUUCAAUGAUUGUGGAAAUAUUUUUCCUUUCUCCUGGUUAUUCCUUGGAAGUUACAUCUUGUUCAGCAUUAUGUCCAUAAAAUUUCUGAUUAUAUCUCAAUCAGCAGUUUAUACCAUUGCUGUUAUGAGUUCCUCUUUACCAUUAGUUGGAAUUUGGUGGAGUUUAUUCAAGUUAAUUCCACUGCAGAAUGGUGGUUCAGUGAUUCUUUGGUCUCCAUCACUCUCUGGAGAAUUAAUUUGCUCCUUACUGGGUCUUCCAAUAGUCCUCAUCGGCUUGUUUUUGUUUUAUAAGUCACAUUUCAGAGACAACCUUUGGUCAGGCCUUACGUCCAAUUACAUUACUAUGCCCUCACAUACUGCAUAAGAAAUAUAGUCUACUUAUUGGAAAAUAUUCAAUAUUUUGUGAGAGCAUUUAUAAUAUAAACUAUGUUGUUAUAUGGGCCUUGAGUACUAAUCAUAA